AUGAGCCAGAGCCUCAGCCACCACCGGCUCUUGCUCGCUUUUCUGUCUGUGCUGCUGCUCACAGCCUCGGCCGUCACCGACAGCACGUUGACGCAGAGGAGGGCCAUCGGCGGCGACCAGAGGCUGGCCUCGCCCGGCGGCGCCUUCCUGCUCGGCCUCUUCUCCGUCGCCAACAACACCAAAUGGUUUCUCGGCAUCUGGUUCACCGCCUCCCCGGACGCCGUCGUCUGGGUCGCCAACCGCGAUCGCCCGCUCGACACCUCGUCCUCCGGCGUAGUCACGCUCAGCAGCCGAGGGGACCUCGUACUCCUCGACGUCGCCAGCAAUAACGAGACCAUCUGGUGGUCCAACUCCUCGGCCGCGGUGGUAGCGCAGCUCCGCGACGACGGCAACCUGGUGCUCGCGGACGCGGCCGGCGUCGUGGUGUGGCAAAGCUUCGACCACCCGACCAACACGUUCCUCUCAGGGUUGUGGGCCGGGCAGGACCUCCGGACCGGCGCGGUGUGGUCCGCCUCGUCGUGGCGCGGCGCCGAUGACCCGUCGACCGGCGACUUCCGUUACGUGAUGGACACGCGGGGCUCGCCGGAGCUGCACGUCUGGAGGAAGGGGCGCAAGACGUACCGGACGGGCCCGUGGAACGGGGUGCGGUUCAGCGGCUGCCCAGGCAUGACCACCUUCGAGGACCUUGUCGAAUUCCAGUUCACCCACACCGCCGACGAGGUGUCGUACGUGUACCGCGACCGCGUCGGCUCGCCGGUGUCCCGCAUGGUCCUGACCGAGUCCGGCGAGGUGCAGCGCAUGGUCUGGAACCCCGCGACGCUCGCGUGGAGCGUUUUCUGGUCGGUGCCGAGGGACCAGUGCGACGUCUACGGCGCGUGUGGCCCGUUCGGCGUGUGCAACGCCGUCGGCGCCGUGGUGUGCGGAUGCAUCAGGGGGUUCCUGCCGAGGUCGCCGGCGGAGUGGCGCAUGCGGAACUCGUCCGGCGGGUGCGCCCGCAGCACGCCGCUUCAGUGCGGCGAUGACGGUUUCUACGUUCUGCGCGGUGUGAAGCUGCCGGAGACGCACAACAGCAGCGUGGACGCCGGCGCCUCGCUCGCGGAGUGCGGCCGGAGGUGCCUGUCCAACUGCUACUGCACGGCGUACGCCGCGUCGGACAUCCGUGGCGGCGGGACCGGGUGCAUACAGUGGUUCGGCGAGCUCAUGGACACGCGCUUAGGCGACGACGGCCAGGAUCUGUUCGUCAAGCUGGCAAUGUCUGAACUUGGCCUAGGGACAACCAAGACCAACAAGCUCGUCAUGGUCGUCGCCGCGGUGAUAACAACAUUUGCAUUGCUUCUGCUAUCACUUGGCCUCCUGAUCUGGAGAAAGAUCCGGCAGCGCAAUAAGCAAAUCACCGAGUUUGAUCACAUCGUGAGAGGCGAGUGUCCAGCGUACCAUCUCGAAACCUUUAAAGCCGCCACCGACGGAUUCUGCGCCAAAAAUGAAAUAGGGUGUGGUGGCUUCGGCACUGUAUACAAGGGUCAAAUGGUAGAUGGCCAAGAAGUUGCAGUGAAGAAGCUGUCAGCAGGGAAUAGAGUGCAAGGUCUGAAGGAGUUCAGGAACGAGGUGAACCUGAUCGCCAAGCUACAGCACCGCAACCUCGUACGCCUGCUCGGCUACUGCAUCCACCAGUCUGAGAGGAUACUGGUCUACGAGUACAUGAGCAACAAGAGCUUGGACACCUUCAUUUUUGAUCCAAGGAGACACGCCACCUUGAGCUAG